CAAAAGGCAACAUGACCCAGCGCAAGCCGUCGGCCGUCGCGCUGGUCGGCAACUCGGGCGGCGGCCAAGUCAAGUGGAAUGCUGUCAAGCUCGGGGCGGCGUCUGUAUUGGACCACCGUGUGGUGCUUGACAGCAUUCGCUACGACUAUGAUAUCGCUGACCCGCAAUCCUACCAAGUUCUCAAGCAGAACGCAAACCGGCCGUGCCCAUAUGCGCAGCCUUUCCCAAAGAUCAUUUCGCAGCGUACGAGCCAUGGACCCGCGCUGCCGUCGCGGCCGUCGCCGCGCCUUCCAACGCCACUCACGAGUCCGCCAAAGAAGAUCCAGUUUGACACGUUGUCCAUCACGGCCCCCCGGUCACCGACCAAGCCAAGGUCCCCACAAAAGCCGAGGUCCCCACCCAAGCCCAAACCUCAUGCAGAAGCGACAUCCCCCACGUCACCGCGCGCCAAGCAAGCAUGGUCGUUGCCGCUCGCCAAGGACCGCCCCAAAUACAUCCCGUCGAUUGCCACGAUGGACCGCAAGCACACGCGGCAAUUUGCCUUGGCCAAAAUGCAAGUGGACGGACUCGCGAGUCAGCUUUCCAAGCAUGAAAAGACGGGCAAAACACUCAAGAGCUCUCUCUCGGACGACGACUUUAACACGGCGUGCCUCACCGUCGCGCGCCUCGCGGCCGAGUACGCGGCGAUCGGCGAUCCCGAGACGGCUUGGGUCUACCGCUGCUUUGGCGCGCGGGCCCUUGGCGACCGCUACAUCCAGUGCUUUCUCAAGAAUGUCACGCUGCAAUUUUACGACGAUGCGGUCGUCGACUUAGCGCGCGCGUGCGGUCACUUCCAGACGCUCUUUGAGAUCAAAAACCAGACGAGCUACGCGCGCACCGAGGACGAGACCCAGAGCCAAAGCGAUCGCGACCGCUUUGUGCUCUUGUCGCUGGCCCCCGAGCACGUGGUCAAGUCGUUUGCAGCCCACGCCGCCAACACGGCGCUGCGCCAAGCCUCGGUGGCGAUCGCUGAAGCCAAGUCGCGCACCGGCAGCGUGUUUCACAUUCGCAUGGCGUGCGAGAUGCUCUCGAUCGCGUAUGCGGCCUUUGCGUGGCUCCGGCUCGAGACGGACCAGCUCGGUCUCGUGCACACGUCGAUAGAUGCCGCUCAGCGCAACGCGACGCUGGCGACAGCCCUCGCGACGCUGGCGUCGAACCGGCACAAGGCGCUCGUGACCGAGUGGAUCACGCACCACCAGACGUGCUCGGUGCAAGCGCAGAGCUUCCUCACGAUCUCCAAAACCGCAGAGGCGCUCCGGGUACCGAAAGACGUGACGAUCGCGACGCACAUUGCAGCGACCAACCUCGAGAAGCGCGUCAUGGCUGCGGUCGUCCAGGUGCUCCAAGGUCUCGGCGGCAACUGCGUCUACCGCGACCAUAGCACUCGCAUCAAGGCCAAGCGAGGCCAGAUGAACAUGGGCAUGGCGGAGCUCCGGCUCCGUCGCAAGAGCGCGCUCUCUGGCCACGUGGACAAUGCGUACGUGAGCUUGCACGCCGCCAAGCGCCGCUCGGACCUCCUGGCCGCGUCGUACGAAGCCGAUGUGUACGUGCUGGCCAAAGGCCCAAGCGCGACGCCGUUCCAGCCGCCGUCGCCGCGGCAGCAGGCCGAGCUUGCAGAUAUGGACGACGAGGGGCUGGCGUCCAUGGCCUACGAGAUGAACGCAGAGCGCCGCCAGCGGGCGACACGCCGGGCCGUUGCCAGCUACGUCCGCCACGUGCUCGAACAAAGCGUGCGCCGGGUGCUGCGACCAUUGUCAGCGGUCGCCACCCCCGUGGUCCCCUCGGCACCGCCCGCGUCGGCGCCACUGACCUUUUUCGACUUGGACUUGGACACGCAGCGCCAAGUCAUUUUGGCCGAGAUCCAGCACUGCAAAACACUGUACGACGGCCGAAUCGCCGACGAAGUCGGUACGGUGCAAAAGCUGUGCUGCCUUUUCCACGAACCCAUCCAAGUCCAAGAGGCAUCCGAGGCGGGCGCAUACGCCCUCUUGCAGGCCCCUCUUUACAUGCCCCGUACCGACGCGUACGACGACGACGACGGUGACGCCGACGACUAUGCCAUUGCGUGGGCAGCGACCCCGUAACCCAUUGGUCCACGAGCCUCAUUUUGCUGUGUCU